UCGUACGCGAGGUGAUGUUUCUCCUUUCAGCACCAAUAACAGUGUCAAAACUUGGACAGCGGUAGCGAUUGUCCAACUUACUGCAAUGUUUUCGACAAGUAGGAGUGUUGGUUUCUACCACCUCCCAGUAAGUAAAGUAUUUGUGAGCUCUGUGAUAGUGACCUCCCUGGCCGUGUCUCUGCCACUGCACCACGUCAGACACCUGUUUGUAUACACAUAUCAGGAUAUUUUUGACAAACUAGAGCUGUGGAGGUUGAUCACAUCUAAGUUGGUAUUUCUGGACCCCAAGGACCUCGUCUGUGGUGCCAUACUCAUCUUUUACUGGAGGAUUUUUGAGAGGAAGCUUGGAUCCCAGAAGUAUUGUUCAUACUUACUGGCGACUGGGUUCCUAGCCUCUCUCCUGGAGCUGGCAGCAUUGUACUGUUGUAAGAAGGCAGAAUUAGAUUUAGACAGUUUGCCCACAGGACCGCUUUCUUUCCUGUUCCCUCUCUUUGUUCCAUUCUUCUGUGACAUUCCCAGAGUGGCUGUCACCAAUAUACUAGGCAUACCUGUCACAGGGAAGACUUUCACAUAUAUCUUAGGUUUCCAGAUAGCCAGCACGUCCAUAGAGUCAGUCCUAGUGGCCGGCUGUGGUCUGAUAUCAGGAUUACUUUACAAAGCAAACUUUUUAAAAAUCAAGGACUGGUUUCACGUCCCAAAUUUUGUGGCUGGUAUAGCUGACAAGACUUUGGGACGGCUCGUCAAAACUGAGACAGUUCAGCAAAUAAACACUCCUCUUGGCGCCACGCUAGAACUCCAGAGACAACAAGAGAUUGAGCUGCUGGAGGAGCAGCUAGCCAGGCAACAGUUUAGACAGAUGAGGAACAUGGGAGGCAUGGCCUUUCAACCCAGAGGGGCAGGGAUAUUUGGUAACUUGUUUGAUGGUGGUGCACAGCCAAGGCAAGGUCAUAACCAGCCAGCCCCUGCAGUGCAAGAAGAGCAGGUGCAGACAUUGGUGGAAAUGGGAUUUGUGAGGGAGAAUGUGAUAGAGGCGCUGAGAGCUACAAACAAUGAUGUUUCCAUGGCAACGAAUGUGUUACUCCACAACUCUUGAUGCAACAGUGAAAAGACUCAAAUAGGACAUCUGUUUUAUAUUAUGCAUCUCCAGCAACUGAGGGAGAGAGAUUAUUUUUCUUGGUAUGAGGGUUGUCAAGGACUCCACUUUCUGUGUCAAGAGGGUCUGGUCCUACAAGGGAACUUUAAGAUGGAAAGUUGGUUCAGACUUUGAGACCAAAAUUUUAGCCUACUUUGAUGUCUGAUGAUGUCAGUAGUUGUUCGUUCACUGAAAUGCUGCACCUGUUUUAUGACUGGAAAGAAAUUGUUCAAGUUUAAGACUGAUAGUUACUUUACUACAGUGGACUACUACAUGUACCAGUUUAUCCUUCAAUGAAGUAUUGUGUAGACAAACAUUUUGGUGUCAAAGUUGAGGCCAACCGUCAGUCUAAAGUCAAGAUGUCUGCAGAGGCCUGGAGAAGUAACUUAGGUAUUUAGUCUUUACAGGGUAACAGAGAGAAUACAUGUUGACAUAACUGUUGACUGUAUACCUCUGUCAGACUGGCCUAGAACAAUAAAAACAAACAAACACAAGUGACAAAAAUGAUGCAUUGGAUAUUUUUAUAGGUGAGUGGGACGUAUGCCACUUUGAAUACCUGCAUAGCAUUAAAACCUGUACAUUUAUGUUGUGAAUUUGUGGAUGUGAAGAUUACAAGGUGCUGACAUUGUACCAGUUGAUGAUCAGUCCGGCAAGUGCUAAGAGUUGCCACCAGGGAAUGGCCUGACCUCGCUGCCAAGACAAGCCCAUGUUGUGGGAUUCAAGAGUUAAUGUAGUUUUCUUAUUAUAUCAAAUUGACCAAUAUCAUAUAUUGGUGAAUGUUAAUAAUUUUAUACCUGCUAUAGUCUUUAGUUUGGAAAUGGAAAUUUUCAGUUUUUAGUAAUAUAUAUAAGGGGAAAACCGGCAUAUGUUCUCAUUUACCACAUUAAACUUCACUUUUUAUUUAGUAAAUGUUAAAAAUAAGUUGCUAUAUACAGAGGUUGAAUUUUUUAGGCCACAUGUUGGUUACAUUGAAGUCCAGUCACAGAAAGUCAGUUAUUUCAAAGAAGCACCUGUAUCCCCUUUAUCAUACAUACUUAUGUAAUUUUUUUUGGCUUAUGGCAAAUAAUUAUGAUUUAUACACAUUUAUUGUUAAUGUAUUACAUUACUGGGUUUCAUCGAAGGCACUGUCAUUAUUUAUUGCACUGUAUUGCACCGUCAACUCGCAAAGUCGGACUGAAUAAAUCAAGACUUUUUUACUCCUA